AUGGCCACCCAAUGCAACACAUCUCAACAGGACAAAGGCAACCAAACGUCCAACACAGCACAGCCAAAGCGAAACCCGCGCUUCGCACAAUUCCCCAAAGCCCCCGUAAAGCCCUCCUCCUCCUCGAAAGAAGAUUCCGGGGAACCAGCUCGCGUAGAGCGCAUACUUUUCUCUCCUCAUGAAGAGAAGCAGCAGCAGCCGCCAAAUCAGAAUGGAGGUGAGAAUGGCCGCUUGAAGCCGGGCAUGGUGAGAUUCGUCAGGGCGAGCCACAACUACAGGUAUCCAAAGGCCAAUGAGAAGAAAACAAUCACCCGAGAGGGAAGAAGGAAUGCUGCUGCAGCCGCCGCGCUUCUUCUCCCGAGCAGUGUCGUCCCCAACAACAAUAACAACAACAACAACACGGCAGAGGACAAGGCGAGGCAGAGAACAAGACGUCGAGCAUCUCAACACAUACACUCGGCGCAACGGACUCGCGGACAAAAGAAGGCGGCAUCAUCCAAACCCCAGCUCACGAUCAAACUGCCCGCUGCUGCUGCCGAACAAUCGGGAGGACAACACUACUACUAUCCAUCGAAGCAAUGGAGCAGGGUCCGCAGCAUUCUCCCAGCAUCAGGGAGUAGAGUCCCAGUGGCGAGGGCUGCGGCAGUUCGAUUUCCUAUGAUGUCGCGCGAGGCAUCACCGGAUGAACAAUCUUCUCCUUCUUCUUCUUCUCCGACAACGACGACGAGUAGUAAUAGUAGUAGUAGUCCUUCUAUACCGACAUCGAUACAAGUAUGCUUCCUCUGUCGGGUUCCUUCACGGGGCGAAGAAGGCAAGGACGGGCUCUGCAAUGCUUGCAAAACGGAAUAUACAAUGCCUCCUAAUGGACUACAUGAUAAUGAUGGAAACGACGACGACGACGACGAUGUCGAUGAGGACCGGGGCGGGAUACAUGAUCCGCCUCGCUCGUACUCGAGUUCGAUUUAUUCAGAUUCAAGUUCGGUUUACUCGAUGGACGCGAGGACGCCCGUCAACGACGAUGCUUUGACGGUGUCGACGGCGUCGCUGGAUGGUGUUGAAGAUUCGGUUCUGCUUGUGUCCCCGUGUCCAACCGUGGGGAAGGCAUGUGUAUCAGAGACAGGGAUGCAGGCAAUAUACCCCGGACGGCAUGGGAAGAGAGGCGCUGGAACUGGGUCUCCGGAUCUGUAUGAUCUCGACUGGGCAGAGUACUACUUCAACGAUACAUAUUUUGCUGACGUGAAAGGGGUUUGGGGGUGA